AUUUUAUUUUGUGAUCACUAUGAUUUUAGAAUCAUUAAAGAUAGACGAAACUAUUUUAAUUGGUGAACAUAUAGUGGAGGAGCAGUAAAUCCUAUAAAAUUUAUAAAUAGAAACUAAAGUAUAGACCAUUAAAUAAAAUAAUAUUUAAAUAUUAUUAACUUCUCUGUGUCUCCAAAUUAGUAGAUUUUAUCUAUAUUUGAAAAUAAAUUUUAGGGUUAAAUGAUAAAUUGCCCUAAGAAUAAUAAAUCAAAAAUAAAGAAGUUGAGAAUCAAAAUUUUUAAUAUUGAGAAGUGGUAGAUAAUAUAUUAAGGUUAUUUAAAAUCUCAUGCUCAGAUAAAUAUAUAUUAAAAAUACUCAUAGGAUUCAAACUUUUUAAUUUGUUAUGGAGGGGAAAAUAUUGUAAUAAUAGAUAUUAAGAAAUAAAAAGAAUUUGUCAUAGAUUAUAUAAAAUAAAAGUUAACUUUAUUUACUUUUGAUAUUCGUAAUAAUUUUUAUCUUUAAAAGGAUGGAAUAUUUAUUUAACUUACCUUAGAAAAUGAUAAAUGGAAUGAAAAAUAAAUAUUCACUUACUUAACUGAUGUAGAAAUUAAAUAUUUCUAAGUACUUGAUCCUAAUUAUGCUUUAAUUGUUAAAUCUUAGUAGUAAUAAAUAAUCUUUAGAAAUAAUUAACAUGUUGUACAUUCAAGAAAAGUAAUUAUUUAAUCAAAUAAACCUGAAAUCUCUAUUUAUAAUAACAUUAUAGUCGAAAUGUAUGUUUUUGUAUUAAAAAAAUACUUUAUUCGAUAAUUAAGAAAUGGUAAAAUGAUUAGAAAAGUUUAAGUUUGUGAUGAUAGAACUUAAUAGAUAUAUUAAGAUGCAAAUGGAUUAUACCAUAUUUCAACAUAGAGACUUUAACAAAAUCUUUAUAAAUUAAGUAGUUUCGACAUUUUACGUGGGUAAAUUUUAAACAAGAGAAUAUAAUUUGCCUCUCAAUAUUUAGAAGAAUUUUUUAUUAUUUAAAUCUACGGAAAUUUAAUUAUCAUGCUAAGUCAAUUUAGAAAAAUAUUAAGAUGUUUUUGUGUUAAUACAGAAAAAAAUAAUAUUAAACAAUGA